CCAAUUUGUCUGAGAGUCUUGCGUUUGAUGGGUCGCAAGGUAUGGUCAUCCAUGUGUAUUACUCAACCUUUAUUAAGGGCCGGCCCUGACCCAAGAGACCAACCUAGGCCUCAAAAUUUAUAGGCCCAUGAAUGAUGGGCCACCAGAAAAAAAAAAAAAAUUUAAAAUUUUAGGGCAAAUCAUUUCAGCCUCCCCAAUCGCCUCCAUCUCUAUUCUCGUUCUCAACUCUGAACUUGCCCCCCCCUCUCUCUCUCUCUGCAACGGCAAACUAUAAAAUCUACAAGAAUCAGAAGUUCAAAACCCAUAUACUUCAGUUUAUUUAUCUGUCUGCAAGAAUCAAAAGUUGAAAACCUAUUACCUAUAUCAAAACCCGUAUCGGCAUAUAAUUUCAGAUUGUUCAAAAAAUCAAAACCCAUAUCUUUCAGUUCCAUCGCCCGCUGUUCCAGUUCGGGUUCGCCGUUCGCAAGCUUCAGCCGCUGUCUCUCAACUCUCAAGCUUGCUCCCCUCUCUCUCUCUGCAACUGCUAACUUGUAUGAUUUGAAAGACUAAUUGGUAAAUUUGGGUUGAACUUGAGUCUUGAACAAGCUGAAGGCCCUUAUCGUGGAUUAUAAUUUUUACAAUUACAGCAUCCUACGGUCCUACCAUCUUUUAGAGUGCUUUCAUCACUUCAGACUGACUUCUGUGCUUUGAGCAACUUGGAGGAGCUUGAUUUGAGUGUUAGUGUGAAGGGGCACAGUAAAAUGUAUUAUAGUGUCAUAUUCAUUGCAUUAUAUUUUGAGGUGGACUGAUGAAGAGGCCUCUUUGCUUUGGUUCUUCUACAUGGCGGAGAGCCACUGCAUUGUCAAACACCAACUCAAAUUCUAUUUGAUGGGUCCCUCUCAUAGAGAUGAAGUGUUGUGCCAUUGCCUUCUCAGGCCAUCUUUAUGAAAUAUUCUCUUCUCAGCCUCGCGUGCGUUCUUCUCAGAAUCCUCUCCCAUUUAUCUUGUUCUCUAGAGGUUGUUUGGUCCAAAGACUAUCAUCCUUAAGCUCAACUAGUACCAGACCUUUUCCUGAUUAUUCACCAAAGAAACCCACCAUUAGAGACUCUGAACUCGUCCAUCACAUCUCCACUGCCAUUAAGCAACGACGCUCUGAGCCCAUCCGCCGCAUUCUGAAACCCUAUGAAUUGAAAUUCAGGCCUGACCACCUGAUUUGGGUUCUCAUGAACAUAAAGAAUGAUUACAGACUAGUUUUGGAUUUCUUCGACUGGGCGUGCCUACGCAGGGACCCGUCACUAGAAGCCCGUUGCAUUGUCAUUCAAAUUGCCGUUGCUGCAAAGGAUCCAAAGAUGGCACACAGUCUUAUUCACAAUUUUUGGAUAAAAUCCAAUCUAGAUGUUAGUCUUUCAUUUGUUCAUUUUGUUGAGAGGUUGAUAUAUACUUAUAAGGAUUGGGGUUCUAAUCCUUGUGUCUUUGAUAUUUUCUUCCAAGUCCUUGUUGAAGUUGGGUUGCUUGAUGAAGCAAGGAAUUUUUUUGAUAAGAUGUUGAAUUACGGGUUGAUUAUAUCUGUUGAUUCGUGUAAUUUUUUUCUUUCGCGUCUAUCAAACAAUUCUGAUGGGCUUGAGAUGAUACUAAAUUUUGUUGGUGAAUUUACUGAAGUGGGUGUUUGUUGGAACACUGCAUCACAUAAUAUUAUGAUCAACUCACUUUGUCGAUUAGGGAAAGUAAAAGAAGCUCAUAACUUUCUCCUGCAAAUGGAGUUCAGGGGAUGUAUGCCUGAUGUUAUAAGUUACAGCACUGUGAUUGACGGAUAUUGUCAUACUGGGGAGCUUCAAACUGUAUUGAAGCUUGUAGAAGAAAUGCAGAUGAAGGGAUUGAAGCCAAACCCAUUUACAUUCAACAGCAUUAUCCUUCUUCUUUGUAAGACUGGUAUGGUUUUGGAUGCAGAGAGGAUACUUAGGGAGAUGAUGAGACAGGGAAUAGCCCCAGAUAAUGUGAUCUACACAACUCUCAUCGGUGGUUUCUGCAAAGCUGGGAAUGUUUCAGCUGCAUAUAAUCUGUUUGAUGAAAUGCAGAAUCAGAAAAUUAUUCCUGAUUUCAUAACAUAUACUGCUGUUAUUUGUGGGCUUUGUCAAAAUGGAAAGAUGGUGGGAGCAGAUAAACUUUUCCAUGAAAUGCUAGAUAAAGGAUUGCAACCAGAUGAAGUUACUUAUACAGCACUGAUUGAUGGUUACUGCAAGGCAGGUGAGAUGAAAAAAGGCUUCUUGCUUCACAACCAGAUGGUUCAAAUGGGGCUGACUCCAAAUGUUGUCACUUACACUGCAUUGGCUGAUGGGCUCUGCAAACUUGGGGAGGUAGAUACAGCAAACGAGCUUCUUCAUGAGAUGUGCAGAAAGGGUCUUGAGCUGAAUAUUUGCACUUACAACGCACUUGUUAAUGGUUUCUGUAAAGUUGGAAAUAUACCACAGGCAAUAAAGCUAAUGGAAGACAUGGAUGUAGCAGGAUUCCAUCCUGAUACUAUUACUUAUACUACUCUAAUGGAUGCUUAUUGUAAAUCAGGAGAAAUGGUUAAGGCUCAUGAACUCCUUCAGGAGAUGCUGGACAGAGGGCUUCAACCCACGGUUGUUACAUUCAGUGUAUUGAUGAAUGGAUUCUGUAUGUCAGGGAUGCUAGAAGACGGUGAAAGGUUACUGAAUUGGAUGUUGGAGAAGGGUAUUAUGCCCAAUACUGCCACAUACAAUUCUCUCAUGAAGCACUACUGCAUUAAAAGGAAUAUGCGUUCUGCAACUGAAAUAUAUAGGGGGAUGUGCGCUCGAGGGGUGAUGCCCAAUAGCAACACCUAUAACAUACUUAUAAAAGGACAUAGUAAAGCAAGGAAUAUGAAGGAGGCAUUGUUUUUGCACCGAGAAAUGGUUGAGAAGGGAAUUAAUCUCACAGUUGCUUCUUAUAAUGCAUUAAUUAAGGGAUUCUUUAAGAGGAAGAAAUUUUUGGAGGCAAGGGAAUUGUUUGAAGAAAUGAGGAGAGAAGGUCUGGUUGCAGAUGCAGAAUUAUAUAACAUUUUUGUUGAUAUGAACUAUGAAGAAGGGAACAUGGAUAUAACUCUUGAGCUUUGUGAUGAAGCAAUUGAGAAAUGUCUUGUGGGUAAACCUAACAAUGGGAUCACAUAGCUUGAUUUUGUCUGUGAUGCUUUGAUGGAAUUGUUGUGGACAAAAGCUUUUAGCUUUCUUUUGCAUGGCCUCAGAUGAUGGGAUCCUAAGACCCACUUACCUCAUCGACCCAAAACCACGUUGAAGAGACAAUAUGGGGGCAGCAUAGAUUCAAUUUCUUUUUUGCCAGAUUCCCUCUUGGAGAGGGAGUAAAUCAUUGAGUCUCUUUUCCGCUGGUAUUAAAAAAUUGGCCAAUACCAUUCCAUCACUCUGACACUAUGAGUGAAAUUCACAACUGUUCAGGACGUUAUGUUUGCAUGUUGGCCAUUGCAGUUAAUUACGGUGUCAAAAUGGUCACUAAAAGCCAUUAUGAACACUUCUACAUCUCUCCUUUUCUCUUUGUUCUUCUUCUCCCCUUUAAUACUAUGAUACUUGAUUUCUAAAUUAGAUUUACAUUUUAAAGGUAAGAUUGUGACAUAUAAUUAUCAAAGUGAGUCUUUGCUCCUAUUCUCCAAAUUAAUGGUAGGAUACUUGAUUUCAAAAUUAGUUGUUCCCUCUCGAGCAAUCAACAUAGGCAUUCACUUUUUACAUCCAACUUUAUUGUGUAGAAGGUGAUUUAUCUUGCUCCUGAAAGUAUUAUCCAUAAUUCUUCAUCUGUUCUAUUACGAACAGUAUACAACUUCAUCUGCUUUUCAACCAUUUUUUUAAGGAAUUUUUUGGUUCUUAAACUUUUUGGAUGUCAGGUGGAUACGGUGUGUGUUCUACAUGGCAUUUGAACCAAAAAGUUUAUAAUUUUACAUGAUGGCAUCAAAUAAUAUAAACCAAGUAAAGUAGAAUUGCUGGCAUCUUGUGUUGACAAAAUAAUGUCCUAGUUAGUUGGGAUUCGGGUUUGUUUUGUACGUUUAGAAGAAAUGUACAUCAUAAAAGGUUUUCCUUUUUUCUCUCACAUUUUUUGUACAAGUCUGGUUGUCAUUGUCAGGUCAUAAUACUUGUUUUAGAAUAUAUUCCAUUGCUUCACUUAGAAUCCUCUAUACAAAAUGCAGACAACUGAUGAAGGGUUAAAGAAAGGGUGUUUCUUAAGGCUGAAAAGAGAUCCAACCGCGCUUGUGCAACAAACACCCAAUUUUUAUGUGAAAUACACGGAGUAAUUCGGUGCAAGAGUAGAUGAAUAUACCAUCAGGAGACGGGCAUUUGCAUGUCUGUACAAAUCCAAGAAGACAACCAGAAGCUGGUGCUUAGAAAUUACUGGGAGUACAUACACCUCAAGGGCACAGGAGUUAUUGGGAGCAGAUGUUAAUUAAGUUUGCUUGACCAAAUGAAAUGGGAAUUAAGCAUGAAUCGACAUUGACGCAACCUGAUGCAAUCAUCUCUGGCCCGUCUGAGUAGACUUCUUAAACUUGGGAAGUGAACCAUGGGGUUUUUUAUGCAUGCUUGUUGCGAGAGAGGUUGAUCAACUUGAGCUCGCUUUUCACCAAAAGAUACUUACUGUUUGAACUUGUGGGGUUUUUACUUUGUUUCACAGUGAGAUAUACCUUUGAAAAUCCAAUGUCAGAUAACUAUGGCAUGGAGUUAACACAAGAAUAUGUUGUAUUCGUUACAAGAUAGUCGUUUAAUUGCAAGGAAUGAGGACCCAUGUUAUGUGUAUCAUAUUUCUUCAACGAAACUUUAUGCAAUUUAUUAUUAUUAUUA